ACAUAGUUAAUAAAGUUUUCAGUGAAAAAAGUUUUAUACAGCAUUUAUGAAUUAAGAAAAAUAAAUCUGAAUAAUGAUAAUAUUAUUCCACUGUAUAAGUAUUAUAAUAUUCCAGCUAUUACGGAGCAGAAAGAGAAUAAAAAUGUUCCAAAAGUUUAUGAGUAACAAAUCUUUUACUGAAGCUAAUUCGGUAAAUGUGGAUGAGGACCUAGAAUUUAAUCUUAAGUUUGAUCCUCCAGUUUUUCGUCAGAGGUACGGAAGGGUGUAUGAGACUCUUCUUAACGAACGACUGAGAACAAAAAUUACUAGUCUUGUUGAUUUUGGUUGUGCAGAAUUUAGUUUAUUUGUUUUUAUUAAGCGAUUAAGUAAUCUAAAUACUAUAUUUUUUGUUGAUAUUGACGAAGAUUUAUUAAACCAGUAUGCAGGGAAGUUACAUCCUCUUACGAUUGAACAUUUGAAAAGAAGACACGAACCUUUAGAAGUUUGUGUCUUUGCGGGCAGUGUGGCAGAUCCUGAUUGUAGGUUGUUAAAUAUGGAUGCAGUCACUGCAAUUGAGGUAAUUGAGCAUUUAUAUCCUGAUGUUCUUGAUGCGUUUCCCUACAAUGUUUUCAACCAUAUCAACCCUAAAGUAGUUAUAAUAACUACGCCUAAUGCCGAUUUCAAUGUACUUUUCUCUGACGAUUUAAACAGAUUACGCCAUUAUGAUCACAAAUUUGAAUGGAGCAGAGAGCAAUUUGAGGAGUGGGCUAAUAACAUAGCUAUUCGAUUUCCCGACUAUACAGUGUCUUUUUCUGGAAUCGGAGAAGGACCUCAAGGUACUGAACACCUGGGCCAAUGCUCCCAAAUGGCUGUGUUUAUUAGAAAGGACCUUUUAUCAGAUGAUUACUUACCCGAGACUUAUUACUCAUCCUGCCUUUGUGACAACAAUUCGCCUUGUAAGGGCUUGACUUCUCAGUCGAAUCUUUCCUGCAGUUGUGUAUGCGCAUCGUGUUCGCCAAGCGCUUCCUAUGGUGUUUGUACGUAUUAUACUUGUUCUAAACAAAGUGUACUCUAUGAAACUGACAGGGAGCAAAUGUCGUCAUAUAGUACUUAUUAUAAAUUGAUUGAGAAAGUAGUUUAUCCUUUCGAACGGGAUAAUCGUACGGAAAACGAGAAAAUGAGGGACGAGUUCAACUAUAGGAUAACUCAUUUGGGACAAGCUUGGGGUAGAUUUUUUGUAGAGGAAAGAAAUAGAUCCGAGAUACCAUUGCAGGACUUGGUUUAUGGACCGACUGGGUUCGAUAUUACGGAAAGUGAAGUCGAAAAACUGUUAACAGGACUCGGCUACAGAGUGGAAGAAUGUAGAAUACAGGAGACCGGACUUCUCCAAAACUGCGUGAUAUAUGAACCUGUGAUGGAAGAAAUAUCCAGUACCUCAGAGGCCUCAGGUUAUGACAGUGAUUUUACAAAACACCAACUAAACGAGGAAUCUCUUUCAGAUUGGGAUGAACCGAAUUUUAAAAAAGAAAGCGGAAAAUCGUGCGAUAAUCGCAAAGACAUGACUUGCGUGGGAAUGACCUCGAGAGAAGAACCAGUCGAACCAGUAACGGACAUAGAAGAUGAGAAAAAGCAACAAGACUCCCUCUUCGACUCAGGAUACCAAAAAUCACUGUCCUUAAUGGACGACUCGCCCCAAACCCCAUUAGAAGAGCUCGAAGAAACCGACGUCUUUGAAGACACAACAAGCACCCCAAGCCUCACGAGCGAAGACAACAAAGUACACUUAAAGAAAGCCUCUACCCUAGAAAAACACAGCUUCGUGCCUCCGCCGGCUCCCGACUUCACCAAAUUCAAAUUCGAUUUGAAUCGGAUCAAUGAAAUGGAUAAGUUUCAUAACAUCCCGCCGGGUCGGACUUUCUUCAACCAUUUCGUGCCUCCUCCAGAAGUUCUUAAGAAGAGUUUCCUGAAAGACAAGGACUCGCUUCCUGGACCUUCCAGCGUGCCCAGUAAGAAAAGGAAAAAAGUUAGGAAGAGCUUCCAAAGCGACGUCGACGACGAUAGUCCGUUCGAGGACGUAAAAUCGAUUACGAAUUGUCUCAUAGAGAACACAUUGAACAAGCUGGACGUGAAAGAGGACAAACAGAAUUUGAUUGAGUACGUGGAGCCGGAACCGGAACCGCCACCGGAAGCCGAAGAGCCCCCUCAGGUUAACGAAAUGGCUGUGGUUCAAGAAUUACCUCAGAUUCAUGAAGAAGCCCCAGUUGUGGAAAACGGCGACUUGGCUAAUAAUAACAGGGACUUUGAAGGUAACAAUUACAUUGCCCAGGAAGAAGCCGUAGAAAAUAUUGGGAAUGACAUAGUCAACGAUAAUUUAGAGCCCGUCGAAGAACUACCUCAAAUUCGGGAAGAAAACGCUAACAUUGACAAUAAUAACAGGAACAAUGAGCUCCUGCGGGUCAUAGAGGAUCCCUUGGUGAUUGUCGCGGAAGGAGGCAAUGUCGAAAACGCCGAUAACGCCCAAGCUGCGGACAAUUUGAUAGGCGAGGCCAGCAGAGAAGCCCUCUUCGAUCCCAAUUCCGAGCAAGACUCGCUCGACGAUUUCGAGAUUUCCGCGGCUUUGCACGAGACAGACAAUGUCGUCAGCAUUGUAAAUACGGGAAAUAAUGUGGUGUUCAUCGGAGUUCAUCCCACUCCUGAGGAAAAUGAGUCAGGUCUUAUGAAUGAUCAAAAUAUUUUCCCUCACUGGUUGCUGCAAAUACUCGGAUCACAAGUCGUCGGUGAAGGCGAAAAUCCCGCAGGAAGUCAAGAAGAACCCCACUUUUACUGUCAGGGAGAUGGCUUGGGCGUUCACCCAUCUGUAAUAGCCGUUGAAAUAGACGAGGAAGAAGAUACGACGGACUCCUCCAAUAACACAGCCGAUACCGCUGAGUUAGAGCAGGAUCCGUCCUAUCAGGACAUGAACUCCUUACCCGAGGAUUCACAGACGGCUCCGUUGGAAUCGAACACGAUUCCGUUGGAUCCUCAUCCGGAGGAAGAACAACCUCUCGUACCGACUGCAUCUCACCAUCACGAAUCCAAUUCUAGUACAGAUGCUGGUGCUAGUGGGUCUACGUAACUAUACCAUUUUUUUGUUGUUUGCCAUAAGACUGAGUAUUUUUUGGUUUUCCUUACAUCGGAAAUAAAGCUAGUUUUCUUUUCUGAA